CUCUGUGUUCAAUGGGAGCGGAACCCCAACACUGGGCAGAAGCCACGCUGCCCUCCGACAAGGCUGAUCUGGGAUUCGAGAAGCCUGUGGAGGUUACUGUUACUGAAAAUCUAAAGCUACUGGCUUCUCCGAAUCCCGGGGAGAGAAGGCAGGAGCUUUCAGAACAAGGUCAAGCAGUGAAAGUGGCUGUGAUGAAAAUGGCAUUCGACACCCCCAAAAAAACCAAGGCAGCAGAGGUGAAGAGCACACCUAGGAAAGAUAUGUUCAGGCGCGUUGUGCGACAGAGCAAAUUCCGUCAUGUCUUUGGCCAGGCGGUGAAGAACGACCAGUGUUACGAUGACAUCCGGGUCUCGCGGGUCACCUGGGACAGCUCCUUCUGCGCAGUCAACCCCAAAUUCGUUGCCAUAAUCAUUGAGGCCAGUGGCGGCGGCGCCUUCCUGGUACUCCCUUUGCACAAGACUGGUCGAAUUGACAAAUCCUACCCUACAGUAUGUGGCCACACGGGACCUGUGUUGGACAUUGACUGGUGUCCACACAAUGAUCAAGUCAUUGCCAGUGGAUCGGAGGACUGCACCGUCAUGGUGUGGCAGAUCCCUGAAAACGGCCUUGCGCUCCCCUUGUCCGAGCCGGCCGUGGUUCUGGAGGGUCAUUCCAAGAGAGUGGGCAUUGUGUCGUGGCACCCCACCGCACGCAACGUCCUCCUCAGCGCUGGUUGUGACAAUUUGAUCAUUGUGUGGAAUGUGGGCACCGGGGAAGCCAUGAUCAAUCUGGAAGACAUGCACCAGGACAUGAUCUACAGCGUGUGCUGGAACCACAACGGCAGCCUGAUCUGCACAACCUCCAAAGACAAGAAAAUCCGGGUCAUUGACCCCAGGAAGGAGAAAAUCACUGUUGAGAAAGACAAAGCCCACGAAGGAGCCCGCCCCAUGAGAGCCAUCUUCCUCUCCGACGGGAAAAUCUUCACCACAGGAUUCAGCCGCAUGAGCGAGCGACAGGUCGCACUCUGGAACCCGCAAAACAUGGAUGAACCGAUUGCACUGCAUGAGUUGGACAGCAGCAAUGGAGUGCUCCUUCCCUUCUAUGACCCAGACACCAACGUGGUUUACCUAUGUGGUAAGGGGGAUAGCAGCAUUCGCUACUUUGAAGUGACAGAAGAAACCCCCUAUGUUCAUUUCCUCAACACCUACAGCAGUAAGGAGCCUCAGAGAGGGAUGGGCUACAUGCCAAAGAGAGGGCUGGACGUCAACAAGUGUGAGAUUUCCAGGUUUUAUAAACUGCAGGAGAGAAAGUGUGAACCUAUUAUCAUGACUGUACCCAGGAAGUCUGACCUGUUCCAGGAUGACCUGUACCCCGACACGGCUGGCCCCGACGCUGCCCUGGAGGCAGAGGACUGGUUCGAGGGCAAGAACGCCGACCCCAUCCUCAUCUCCCUGAAGCACGGCUACAUCCCCGGCAAGAACCGCGACCUGAAGGUGGUCAAGAAGAAUUUCCUGGACAACAAGCUGGCCGUCAAAAAGAAGGUUGAGAACGCUGGCCCCGGGAACAAGCCUGCGUCCUCGACGCCCUCCAUACAAAAUGAAGCCAAGCUGGAUGAGAUCCUGAAAGAAAUCAGAACCCUUAAAGACCUUAUUGGCAGCCAAGACAAGCGAGUCGCCAAACUAGAAGAGCAGAUGUCAAAGAUUGCAAUCUAAAGACCGGCAGCACCUGUCGCUAUUUUGGGACGUUUCAUUGGCUAGGAUUGCGCCAGGGGGGCAGGACACAUCACUGCCAAUCUUGAUGACUGCGAGCCACCUGUGGUCUGUAACCUACCAAUGAUUCCAAACCACAUUCCGAUAUGAACUUUCUUACCCCCACUAAUACGCAGAGAAAAGAGAAAUUCUCGCAAUUGAUAUUCCAGCUUUUUAUUGAAAGUUUUAAUAAGUGGCAAUUUGACUCUCCUUUUCUUGUCAAGAGAAUCUUCAAAAAUAGUUUUUUUUUUUUUUUUUUUUUAAUUUGUGACCAAGAAAAUGUUCGUUCGUGACGAGUUUGUAUUUACUGUGUUAUACCCAAAUGUUUUAUAUGUAGUAAUCCAUCAGUAUUGCAUUUUUCCCUUCAUUUUUUGUUGCCAAAUCUAAACGGAGUUCUGUUUACACACCUCCUUGACAGUGUUUUUGGUUAUUUUAUGCAUUCAAUGAACACAAAUUGGGAGACAAUGCAAUCAGACCGUGUUCAGUAAAACCGAGCAGAAGUGGACUUUUAAUACAGAAUGAAUCUAUUAAAAGUUUAAAUAUACAAGUAAGAUUUUAUAAUGUCAACCAGAAAAAAAAAAAUUGCAUGUUUAUAAGAUGAGAGUGCUGUGUAGAAAGGGUUACUUUGUUCAGCUCCUCAUCGUCGAGUUUUCUUUUGCCCUGUCGUUUUCAGGGGGGUUAACGGAUCCACUGGUGAGUCUGUGCUGUAGCUGUAAAUGUGUUCUUGCCAUUUCUCUAAUAGGCCACGUCAAUGCAUCAUGGACACCUUUUGUCGUAGAUGUGUUUUUUCAAUCGCAUGUUGCAUUUCAUGUCGUCUCCAUAGAAUGGGACCUACCUCCCUGUUUUGGGCAAACAGCUUCUCUGGAAAUCGCUAGCAAAGUCUUGCAGGGGGAUCUUUACUUGCUAGUAAGAUCUAAUUCAAAAUAAAAUCUGCCAAAAAAAAGUUUGAUUUUAAAUGUUCCUUUCACAUCUGUGUGAUCUGGUGUGAAGGCUAAAGAACUGGUAACCAGGCCAGUGGUCUUCUGAAUUCUUCUUUUUUUUUUUUUUAGCUAUUGCAUUUUAACUCCUAUUUUAAAGGUCAGAUCAAUGUACCCUUUUUACAAUUGGGAAUGAAGACCCUCAUCAUACAACAUGAAUCUAAUAUUUACAACAGAUACUGUAAAUGGUAUUGUAACUAUUGGAAGAAGGGGAGCUUUUGCUGAUCAGAACAGGGUAGAUGUCCUACAUGUACAUCCAAAUGUAAAAUAUCCUGUCCCCUCUCCCUCUCUCCUUGAUAAAUCUGUCGGCUGUAUCUGAUUUUCAUGCU